AUGGAUGACACAGAUAUUAUUAUACCUCGUGGUUUCUGUGAAGAGAAAACCUUUUUGCUAAUUGUAAUAGAGUCUACCGUAGAUAACUUCUUGAGUCGCCAGUAUAUUCGGGAAACCUGGGGGAACACAUCUUCCUUCAACUAUCCAGUCUUUCAAAAACUCCAUGCGCACUUGAGGGGCGCCUAUUACCCUCCACUUACAAGUCGGAUACAACACUAUGCCGAGUACCUCACAGGAGAGGAUGAUGACCUUCGGGCUUCUGUAAGGGUGGUGUUUAUCACUGGACGGAGUAAGAACGUCCAGUCCUCGAGGCAACUUCAAAUGGAAGCCGAUCGGUACAACGACAUCAUUCAGGAGGGCUUUAUUGACAGCUACAAUAACCUCACCCUAAAAUCAGUCUUGGCCCUAAAACAGUUAAAUAACAGGUGCUCCAAGACCACCGCUUAUGUGUUCAAGGCGGAUGACGAUACCUUUGUAAAUGUUCCCAAUGUUGUUCACAUUUUACUUGGAGGCACUGUGCCGGUUUUCAAGGCGUCCAAGAAAAACCCAAUAGGUGAUCAAUCCCGAUUAACGGCCACCAGCGGAUUGAUGGUCGGCAGGAAACGGGACGGAGAAAAACCCAUUAGGGCUGUGAACUCAAAGUUCUACAUGCCAGACUAUAUCUUCCCAAACACAACCUUUCCCGCCUGCCUGUCCGGCGGAGGCUAUCUAAUGUCCAUGGAUGUCGUGCAGCGAUUGUAUGUGGCUGCCAUUCGUACCAAAAUAGUCCACAUGGAGGACGUAUACGUCACAGGACUCUGUGCUCAGCGGGCUCGAGUCAUUCCCACGCACAACCCACUUUUCCUCAUUUUUUCUUCCACGAACCUAUGCACCUAUAAGAAUUCCAUUACUUUGCUGUUGCCACAGGGGAUCAGUAUGCAUAUGGUGUGGGACUUUGUUUCGAACUACACAAUAGAAUGUCCGCUAAAUCUUAAACUAAUGUAUAAAUAA